GAUUGGAACAUUACUCAGGAAGACUGCUGAGUUUAGGAGCACACACUCUCUGUUUGAGUCUGCUGGGAAGUUCUUCUGACUAUACCCAAUAGCUACCUCGCCUCCCACUUUUUUAGGUAACCACAUCUUCUCUCACAUUCAAGGUCCUGUCAACCUUACUAGCACAUCCUCUCGCAUUCACCUGGAGGAAAAUCUUAUCAAGAGUUCAGACAGCAAGUGCCAGUCCAUCCGACAUGAAGGAAGAAGGAGUAUGUCCUGACUCCCCUGAAGGAAGCCUGGUAACCAGCGAGGAAGAGGCUGAACGCCAGCAGAGGAAGGCCAUGCGUAAGCGCACAGUACUGGUAGGCAAGGAAGCUGAUGGGAGGCAGCCCGUUUCACCACCCUGUAAGCGUAAUAAGAGGAGCCCGCAUAUUGAAACCUAUGAGGAUGUACACACUCAGAGAAUCAUUGCCAACGUGAGGGAGCGACAGCGCACCCAGUCUCUAAAUGAUGCCUUUGCAGAACUGCGGAAGAUCAUCCCUACUUUGCCAUCUGACAAACUGAGCAAGAUACAGACCCUGAAGCUGGCUUCACGCUAUAUUGAUUUCCUCUACCAGGUCUUGCAGAGCGAUGAACUGGACCACAAGAUUGCCAGCUGUAACUACCUUGCCCAUGAAAGGCUCAGCUAUGCCUUCUCCGUGUGGAGAAUGGAAGGUGCCUGGUCUAUGUCAACGUCUCACUGAGCUCUCAGGUGAUGCCCCUUUGCUUGAUGUUGAGAAGGCUUUUCAAGACUGGAUGUUCAAAUAGACUGCUGAAAAAAAGGUCAACUUUAUCAGAUGCCUCCAAAAUAUUAUCUGCUCCAGCAGCCAUUUGUGAAUUGAUGUGAAUCUACAAGCUGGGAUACGCCAUAACUUUAACCAUAAGAACGCUGUGACUUAACCAGCCUUGAUUUCAGCUUCAUAACAGAAGAUGGCGCAAAAAAUAAAAAAUCACCAGGACUGUAAAACCAAGGCUGGACAUUCAUCUACUUGUAAAAAAAAAAAUCCUGUGGAGAUUAUUUAUUCAGAACACAAGAAGAAUAAGAUGAACAUUCAUGUUUUAUUCUUUGUCGCUUUUUGUUUCCCUUUUAAAUCGUUUUCGGGAAAACAAUUCAGAGCUUGUAUUUUUUUUUUAAUAGCUUGCUAAGCAAUGCUAACCCCUUGGGUGCCAGAGCAGUGCUCAGUACAUGCACCCUUGCUGCACAUUAACCUAUGGAUAACCUAUAUUCCCUACCACUUUGGGCAUGUAAAGAGUUAAAUACUUGCAUGCUAGCGACCCACCCACCCUGUUUUUAUUAAAUGAAUUUUUUUUUGCUUUGCAUCACAUAUAUUUCAGGCUUCGCACUUUGCAGCUUUGCUUUUUGGUAUUAAAUACAUAUUUUCUAUAACACAUUUAUUUUGGUGAUUGAACCAAUUGUCUGUGCAUAACAAAUAAUACUUUACAUUAACAUAACCUGAAAAUUUACAACACUGUAUAAACAGUGCAGUAUAGUAAUUCAGUAAUUGUAAUUAAAUUACUGUCAAUAAUUUAAAAAGCUGUAAUAUAUUUUUAUUUUAGCGUUGCUAUUACAUGCAACACAAAUUCUGAGUUAGAUCAAGUAAAAGGGGAAAUGUUAGCAGAUGGAAUCU